CUCGAAACGACCACGCAACUUUCAUUACUGCAUCCACGGAGGGGAAGCGAGUUGUUGCUCUAUACCUGCCCGUAUCGACGAGCUCACGACUUCCAGCGUUCGCUGACAAGCGACUGAAGGACCGUACGCCCAGGAUUAGUGUAACAGGGAAAUUAUCUGCAAUUCGUUCCAUUCACUUGAUUGCAAGGGACAUUGGGAAGUGACACCAGUGAACAGCUGUUGAUAGACUACUUCCUAUCAAUUCUGUGUGGUGCUCGGCUGCUAGUCGGGCGCUGGUAAGACCCGGCUCUCCGCACAUGUAGCUCCACCCUGGCUUAAGUACAUAAGCCUACAGUAUGCAGCCCGAGCAUAGUAUGAAGCGAGAUCUCUUGAUUCCCCUCACUCACACAGCUUUACCCUUCCCUUUUCCACUUCUCGACCCACAGGCACAGGUAUUGAUAAUAUUCAGGCUUUCAUUAUGGACGAGGAAGCACGCCAGGCUCUCGCCAGCAUGGAGAUGCCGCGCCGACCCAUCAACUACGUGCCUGCCAAAGAAGGCGAGAUCCUCAAGCUAGGGCACGUCAUAUGCCGCAUCAUGGAAGACGGCUCAAGAACAGACAACCGUAUCGGCAGCGCCGAAUUUACUCUCCCACCCAAAACCGGUGGUCCACCCGCGCACUGGCAUGAAAUGCACGACGAAACCUUUCUCGUAACUCAAGGCACAGUGCGGUUCCACGCGCCGGACAACAAGCAUAUCGACGCGCACGUCGGCGACUAUAUAACCGUUCCCAUUCGGGCGCCACACACGUUUUCGAACCCAUUUGAACAGGAGGCCAAGUUCUUCAAUACGUACACACCGGCGUUUUAUAUCGAUUAUUUCAGGAUAUUAGCGCAGCUGGGCAAGGAUGAUGAGAAGAUGAGUAAAGAGAAGAAUUUGGAGGUCAUGGGUAGGUUUGCGACGAUACCUGCGCAGCCGAUGCUGAAGGAGAUGAGCGAGGCUGGAAAGUAGAGAAUCAGAUAGCUAGAAAAUACUAUUUCAAUCGAGGA